UGAUUCGCCUUUGCCAGUCUCAUCUCGUGUCUGCUUUGUUAAGUUCCAUGACCCGGACUCCGCAGUUGUGGCACAACAUCUGACAAACACUGUGUUCGUUGACAGAGCUUUGAUAGUCGUACCGUAUGCUGAAGUGGAGAAGGCAAAUGCAAAACCCUUCCAGAUGACUGAAAAACAGUGGGUCCUCUGCAGCUACAGGGGAUUCUAGCCAUUAACUAAAGGCCAGCAAGCACUCCAGUCCCCCAAGUGUUUUCCUGGUGUAACCAUUUGUUAACUACAUUUUCUCUCUUUUUACAUUUUAGGCUGUUAAAGUAAUUUGACAGAAAAAAAUGAGCAGGUUUUUUGGAUCUAAAAGCCACUGUGACAAGACAGCACUAUUUUCAUGCCAUUAUGUAACUCUAAGGCAUACUUUAUACAUAGUUUGUUCCCAGUGUACUGCUACUUGAUUUGCUUUUUGGUAACUAUAAAUUUUGAUCAGAGAAAUCAUUGACAUGACUGAUAUACUUACUUUAAGUUAAUACUGAGUUAAUAAACUGGCCAGGAUCUACAUGUUUCCCCUUUCCUUUAAUCACCACCUGGUCAGUGGAAGCAGAUUCUUGUAACUGUUCGAUUUGGAUGCUCUCUUAGGUAAUUGAAUACAAAUGUGAAGAUUUACACCAUACUUUGUGAAAGUUGUCAAAUGUCUAAACAUAGAGAAAUUGCCUCUGGUUUUCUAAAGAAAUUUACUUAUAUUCAGAGCUGGGUUAUAAGGCAUGCUUUAUAAUGACAAUACAUCUAUCUCCAUGGUAUUGAAAUAUUAUUGAGAAGAAAAGAGAGAAAGAAACUAGUGAUUUAAUAUGUUUUAGAUAAGUGAUUCCUUUUAUUUCAGUAUGCCUGAUGUAAUAUAAGACAACCACCAACAGAAAACUUAUAGAAUUCAAAUACUCAAGUUCAGGGUGAGCAAAAUGCAUAGAUAAUAGAUCUUGAAACAGGUGGUAUCAUGUGAGUAAUGUGCAGAAUGUUUCAGUUAGCCUUGAAAAUUUAAUGGGUUCUUACUGGCAGCAUUAAUGUCAAGCCUGGGGCCAAAUACAGUAUAUCAUAUAAUUGGUUUUUAGACCUUUUUAAACCAUGGUAGAUUUUGUAAAUAAGGUUUUAAAAGUGAGAUUUGGGGGAAUAUAUAUAUUAAAUUUAGAAAUAUGUAGUUCAGAAAUCUCUUUGCUGUACUUAAUCUGUGGUAUGAUGUGCUGUAUUAAUGUUACCUCCACAAGUAAACUGAUGUAUUCAACCCUUUUGUUGCCAUUCACUCUGGUUUUAGCUCUUAACGCUUUGGUGUUGGUUCUUGGUCAGUGUUUAGCAUGAUAGACACAAAGUAUACGGUAAGGAAUAGUCUUACUUGUAAAGCAGAUAGCUGGAAUUGGAAGGAACUCUUAAUAGUAAUGGAUUUGGGGGUUAUUUAGGUUCCUUGGUUAAUGUUUGUUUCUUUUGUCUGUUUCUUUUUCUUUCAUUUCUACACAUUCAUGCAGUAUUUCAUGGUUCUAUCAAAGCAGCAGUAAAAAAAAUACUCUUGACGCAUGAAAAUAAACUGUUCUUUUCCCUGGUUCAGCCUGAACUAUAUACCAGGCCCUGCUGAAAAUACCACCCAACAGUUUUCUUCUGCAGCUUAUCCAGUUUCUCUUAAGUGCCCUGUACAUAUUGUAUGUUUAUGAUGAGAUGCAGUUUCUUAAUAUGCAUUACAGAAAUACUACUGGUAUUUGCAAAUAUGUAGUUUGUAAUUGUAUUCUUGAACUCUCAUUUUGGGGGCUUGGGCACAUUAACAAAGAUUAAUCCAUCUGUAUAGGGCUUUUGCUGUUGGAUAGAAUUUAAAUUGUCUACGUAAAUAAUUUGUUUUAGGACCCUUAGAUUUUUAUCUGAAUACACAGAUUUAGGCUUUGAAAACAGACAUAACUAAAGUUUUGGGCUUAAGGAGGUUUGAUUAGUUAGCUCUUAAACUGAUGUUGCAUAGCAGCAUUUCUUGAUGUGGUUAGCAUGGCACAUGCUGGAACAUAGAGCCUUUUACUGUACAGGUAAGGAAUGUGCCAUGUUUUACCUAUUCACUAUCCCACACAUACACACAGACACACACAUCCCAUGUGUAUUCAGAGACCACCAAAAAAGAAACAUACUUGUUUUCAUGAGUCAGCAAAAGCCCUACGCUUGAUUCCAACAGAGUAUUUCCUUUACAUACUUUUCUUCUCUUAAUUUUUACAAAAAUUUGUAUGGUAGGUGUAAAGAAAAUCAUAGUAACUGUACCAUAUUAUUAACCCCUAAAUCAAACUUUUUUUGUCUUGUGUAUCUUGAUUUUUCUGUGUGCUUUAUAGUGAAGCAGCCGACACGAGUCGUUGUUCAUAAAACAGCUUUUGAAAGUUGAGAGCACACCCCUGGAGAACCGACUGUGCUUGCUUACGUUUGGUUCAUGACUUAAAAAUCGAGUACAGGAGUUAUUCCUGAUGAGACUAAGGCUUUGUCUCUGUUGGCACCAGCUAAUGCAGUGGCAGGUCUUCUGCCUGGUGGUGGACUCCUGCCUACACCCAACCCACUUACUCAGAUUGGCGCCGUUCCAUUGGCGGCUUUGGGAGCUCCAACUCUUGAUCCUGCCCUUGCUGCUCUUGGGCUUCCUGGAGCAAACUUGAAUUCUCAGUCUCUUGCUGCAGAUCAGCUGCUGAAACUUAUGAGUACUGUUGAUCCCAAGUUGAAUCAUGUCGCUGCUGGUCUUGUCUCACCAAGUCUGAAAUCAGACACUUCUAGUAAAGAGAUAGAAGAAGCUAUGAAAAGAGUCCGUGAGGCGCAGUCCCUGAUUUCUGCCGCUAUCGAGCCAGAUAAGAAAGAAGAAAAGAGAAGACAUUCAAGGUCAAGAUCACGUUCUAGGAGGAGGAGGACGCCCUCGUCUUCUAGACACAGGCGGUCAAGAAGCAGGUCGAGGAGGCGGUCACAUUCUAAAUCCAGGAGUAGACGGAGAUCCAAAAGUCCAAGACGGAGAAGAUCUCAUUCCCGAGAGAGGGCUAGAAGGUCAAGAAGCACAUCAAAAACCAGAGACAAAAAGAAAGAAGACAAAGAAAAGAAACGUUCCAAAACACCACCAAAAAGCUACAGCACAGCCAGACGUUCUAGAAGUGCAAGCAGAUGGCACAUUUGUGAUUCUAGAGAGAGACGGCGAAGAAGAAGCAGGAGUGGGAGCAGAUCCCCAAAGAAGCCUAGGUCUCCUAAAAGGAAACUGUCUCGCUCACCAUCCCCAAGGAGACAUAAAAAGGAGAAGAAGAAAGAUAAAGACAAAGAGAGAAGCAGAGAUGAAAGGGAGCGCUCAACCAGCAAGAAGAAGAAAAGUAAAGACAAGGAAAAGGAGCGGGAAAGGAAGCCAGAGAGUGAUAAAGACAUCAAACAGGUGACGCGGGAUUAUGAUGAAGAGGAGCAAGGCUAUGACAGCGAAAAAGAGAAGAAGGAGGAGAAAAAACUAACAGAAGCAGUAUCCCCUAAAAUAAAGGAGUGUUCUGUGGAGAAGGGGGCAGGCGAAGUCCUACGAGAGUCCAAAGUGAACGGGGAUGACCAUCAUGAGGAAGACAUGGACAUGAGUGACUGAGCACUGCAGCAACCGUGCUUGUGCUCGGUGUCCUCCGAGUGAGUCAGUGCUGCGUGUUCAUCUCCGCCUCGAUGCACAGCUCCACGACCAGGGCUGCACAGCUGCGGAUAGUGGUCUCUAGUUACUGACACCAAAAGCUUUUAGAGAAUGGGACCUGGGUAACCACUCCUGUGUGGUGACAUCUGAUGGUGUGCCCGAGCAGUCGUACUAUUCUGGUGCUGCUUGUAACAAACAUGAACCGCUGCAUGCAUCUCCAGCAGGCAUGGAUUGUUUCUGUUGUAUGAUCUCUUAUUAAGUACGUCACUUAGUAUUCUAGAAUCUGAGUCAUUGCCGUGAUAGAGCCAUGUAGGGAAUGCACUGAUUGCAUGUUACUGUGGCGAGAAUAUCCUAAAUGUCAUUAAAGUCCUCCAACAUGACAAAUCUAUUAUGGUCUUGUUUGUUGACAUGACAAAUUAACAUUCUUAGAGUUACACCUGGAAACAAGCAUUUGUAAUAGAUAAUCCUUUAAGCCUUAUGGCUAAAUUUUUGUGGCUUUAUUUAACUUUCAAAGGUUAUAUAUGCACUAACCUUUUUUGAUGGCUAAGUAGGCUGUAAUUACAGAAAGAAGUUUUCAAAUAAAACUGGCAGUGAGACAUAGAAUAUUUUUAAUUAGAGUUGUACCCCAUUUCAUAGGUAUUUAGGAGGGUUUUUUCCUCCCCAAAUAAUUUAUUUCACACAUACCAGUGAAAGCUACCUGCUUAUCCAGUCCAUUUGUAAAAUAAAGUUACCUCAUCCUGAUUUUCAAUUUUCAACUUUUAUUAAUUUGUUUUAAAGCUGUUUGAAAAAAAAGGAGGGUAGUGCAUUUUAAAUUGACCUUUGUAUGCUUUUAAAGUAAGACAAAUCUACUUGAUAAUGUACUUUAUUUGAUCUCAAGUUGUAUAAAAACCAAUAAAUUUGUGUUCCUAUGACUGCAGUAGUAAUCUUAUGCACAGUGAUUCCAUGUUAUGCAAACUAGGUAGGCAAUUGUUUUCUUAGAUACAGGGGUUUGAAGCUUCACUUUUGUGCAGUAACAGAAGUAGGCUACCAUCUGUGCCAUGUUGAUGUACAGUUUCUGGAAUUGUUUUACAAGACUUUGAUAAUAAAACCCUUAAACCUAGA